AUGGCACCGUAUGAAGCUCUGUAUGGCAGGAAGUGUAGAACUCCUUCGACUCUGACUGAGAUUGGAGAUAGACAGGAGAUGGGUGCUACUUUUGUAGAAGAAACUGUUAAGAAAGUUGAUUUGAUUAAAGAAAGAUUUGGCAGAGUGAGUAAGCUCAGUCCAAGAUAUGUUGGACCUUUUGAAAUCCUUGAGAGGAUUGGAAAAUCUGCUUAUCGGCUGUUGCUAUCUGAUCAGAUGUCCGAUGUUCAUAAUGUGUUCCACGUAUCUACUUUGAGAAAGUGGAUAUCUGACUCUGGGAAGAAAGUGUCCGCUGAUGAGAUUGAGAUUCAGGAGAAUUUGAGCUAUAAGGAAGAACCCGAGUUGAUUCUAGCUUACGAUGUUCGUAAGUUGAGAAGUAAGCAGAUUCCGGUGGUUAAAGUGCAGUGGAAGCACCGAACUGCACGGGAAGUGACUUGGGAGAAAGAAUCGGACAUGAGGAAGUCGUACCCGUACUUGUUUUGA